UAUCAUGAGAGAAGUCAUGGCGGAAUAUUUGUUGUCUCUCCUCCUGAUUCUGAUGCCUCUGUUCGGUGUGGAUGCUCAGUCUAAACACUUCACAGGAGGAUCAGUGAGCUUCAAGUUCGUCGAUACAUCGAAACCAACAGAGUAUAAGAUCCAAUUAACGAUUGUUACCGGAUGGACGUUGGGUCAAGGACCCUGUGGCGAACACUGUUCGAUCAAUGACGUGGGAAGAAGCACAGUUAUAACUCGAAAUCAUAUGUUAAACAUGAAUGGCGAUGUAUAUUUUGGAAACUGGACUUCGGAGGCUGGAUCCGGAAGUAGCGUCACUUACAGUGUGAUCACUGACAAAGUAGCCAAGAGACUCACUGGCGAAGUAGCAGCCGUAAAUGUGCCCCUCGGGUGGGAACAGGAAAUAGCGGAGGUCAUUCUUGAAGUCGAUCCAUUACGAAAAUAUACAGAUAUUGAGCUGCACGGUUACUCCUGGAAAGACUUUGACUAUGGUUACACUGGCGACACAAGAUUUCACCUUCAAGUCAAGAUUAAUGCACAUGAACGCAGUGAUACAGGGCAACCGAACAACAGCCCUGUUGCGAUGUUUAAGCCAACAUACAAGAUUCUCUUGAAUAGCGUAACCGUCAUCAAACUCUCCACCAUGGACAAGGAUGGGGAUUUUGUUCAAUGUCAGUUGGCAACGUUCAUAACAGCUGGUGGUCUCCCGGACCCACGUAACACGACCAUAAAUAAGGACUGCAGCAUAGAAAUCAGUGCCUAUGAAUCCGAUCAGUUCUUUGAUGGAGGAUGGGGCGCGCUACCUGUUAAGAUCAGUGACUAUAACUCCAAACCUAUAAGCCUCAAGGGGGAGCCUCGUCCAGUUAUACCAGUUGGAUCACAGUCUCUCAGUGAUAUAACGGUUCAAUUCAUGAUACAGACUCUGAAAAUCAUAGAGGCGCCUGAAUUUGUGGACCCCACAAAGAGUAGUCAACAUGUGUUCUACGUUUAUGCUGGUUCAACACUGGAAAUACCUCUCUAUGCUAAGCCAUACGAUACGACCAAAAGUGAGAUUUCUUUCUUCAAUUUGAGAUCAAUUCCAAGGAGAUCAUUUCCUAUACCCCCACUGCAAUAUGACACCAGUCGCACAAGUGAUGGCAUCAAAUACGCACUAGUGAAAUGGCGUCCAGAGAUAGCAGAUGUUGGCACCUAUGUCCUCAGUGCAUUGGUAACGGAUAACUUGGGAAAUGACGGACUUGAUAGGAAUUACAACAUCAUUGUCAGAGACCUUAACUUCACAACUCCUGAUGUUGGUACGUUGACUCGACCCUUCUUUACAUUAUUCCCCACUGAUAUUGUAAUACGGUGCCUACAGAACUCAACAUGUUCCUUCCCUAUUUACUCUACAACUAGACGCGCUGGAGGACGAAUACAAUCUGUGAAAUAUUUAACGUCGACUUUCAAGAAUACGCAAAUUUCGUCGCCUGUCAUAGUGACCAAGAAUACACAAGAAAUGUUUGAGACUGAUGUAACAAUAACAUCGGAUCAGGUUGGCGGACAAAGAAUAUGUUUCCAGGCGUAUGACGACCAAGGGACAACGUCUGAGAAGAAAUGCCUUGGGGUCACAAUGGAAAUCGAUGAUCCCUGCAAGUCAGCUCCGUGUAAUUCCGGCCACUGUAAUAGCAACGGCUCAACCUUCAAAUGUAUUUGCACAGUCGGAUACACUGGCGAAUUUUGUGAUACAGAUGUGGACGAGUGCCUGAGCAAUCCAUGCCAACACGGCGGAACCUGUUCCACCAGACACCUCUACCUAAAUUUUUACUUCUGUAUUUGCACUUCGGAAUUCACUGGAACUAACUGUGAAUUAAAUAUAAAUGAUUGCAAACCCGACUCAUGUUCUGGAGCUGGUAUAUGCAUUGACCUGGUGGGAGACGUUAAGUGCGAGUGCAACAAGGGACAUUCUGGCCAACAAUGUGAAAACCCUGACCCGCUUUGCUCCAGUCAUGUGUGCGCCAACCAGGGAGUAUGCGUGGUGGAACAGAGUAAAGCAGUGUGUCGAUGUCCACUGGGGUAUGGUGACCCUCUCUGCCAAACAGAUAAGAAAUCAACUGGCGGAACACCAAUAAAUAAAGACAAUGGACAUAAAGAAUCACCCUUUAUAACUCCAACCCUGGUGAAUGGUGGGGGUAUCCAGUGUACGGUCGGUGUACCAUGUCCUGUUCCACUCUUCAUUCGUCAACCUCCCUCUGGAACCAUUCCACCAGUUACCCUCGGUCCGAAAUCACCGGGAUUAACCGCCAUUGUGGACACUCCAACACCCGACAAAAGCACAGGGCUGCAAAAGACGCUUACAUCUCAUUUGACGGUGACACCAACUAACCCUGGAGAACAAAGCGUAUGCGUCGAUGCCGGGACUGGUGUGAAUGCUGACAGAAUCUGUUACUUGAUACACACCAAGCCACCAGGACCAGGUACUGUAAUAAACAAUACUGCUGCAUUUUUGGAGCCUUCACUACCAGAUGGCAGCAUUGUCAACUGUUACGUCGACAAGCCAUGCCACGCCAUCUUCCACUCUAAAGAUCAUCCUUCUGGAAAUUGCGUUCUGACAUCUGGCAGCACAUCAGCAAUGCCAUUCCCUGUUAAUUCUAAGGACGGAGAGUGUCAAACAGAUGUUUUAUUCACCCCGCCACCAGGGGGAGAUAGUCACGUGUGUCUCCAAGUCAGCUAUCAGGGCGAGAAACGAUGUUACAAAGUGAACGUUAUACCAAAAGACGAGUGCGACCCCAACCCUUGUAUCAACGGAGGUGGUUGUGCAAAUCAACCACAGCAGUCUCUCGGUUACCAGUGCGUGUGUACAGAAGAUUUCACAGGAGAUACAUGUCAACAAACUAACCCAUGCCACUCACACCCAUGCCAGAACGGUGGCGAUUGCGUUAGGCAUGUGACGUCCCACCAAUGUCAUUGUCCGGUAGGCUACACAGGGCACGACUGUGAAACAGCUCUUUCUCACACACCAGAAGCCCAGGUGUCAGAACCAACAUUACACAAUGGUGCUACACUACAGUGUCACGUGGGAGAAACAUGUUCCAUCCCGGUAUUUACCAGGGGCCCAGGUGCUCAUGAAACGUUGACUCCUGGUCCCGUUAGCAAUGGCUUACAUGUGAGCAUAACACAACCUGUAGCCAGCACGACAGCGCCCGACCUAAACCAAGGCAGUGUUCAGGUAACACCUACAGCGACCGGUAACGAAAAGGUCUGCAUCCAGACAACGUCAGGACAGCCACACAGCGAUCAGGUUACUUGUUACCAUGUCAACGUGACGCCACCAGGAGGUGGUGGUGGUGGUUCAGGAUCAGGAUCGGGAACAACUUCAAGCACAGACCACUUCGAAGCUCCAACUCCCACAGAUGGGAGCACAGUUCCCUGUGCUGCUGGCGACGACUGUCACCUAUUAGUAUACUCCAAACCAACUACAGGGACCAAAUGGUACGUUUACAUGCUGUAUUAA